AUGUCCGACACAGACGCCGCAGCCUCCUUUCUCGACCAUCCUUCCAAUGGCGAUGAGGACGACGAGAUCGAUUCGUUGCCGUCCGAAUCCGACUCCGACGACGAGAGCGAGGACUUUUCUGAGACCGACGCAGAAAGAGAGUGGAAAGAGAGUCUGCAGCAACUGGAGCUGUUGCUUACAAUGGUGAUCGUGCCCUACAUGGGCAAAUAUUUUGGCAGGAAGUUUGCAUACUGGGGAUGGAAGAAUCUGAUGGAAUGGAAAUAUCCUGUCGAAGUUGUGGUGACGAACAAGGCCGCUUUCAGAGGAGCCGGCGCAAUCGCAGCGGCCGCUUCUUUAUGA